AGAGAAUUUUAGGAAGAAACUAGAACUAGUGAAACAUAGGCCACAAAUAUUUAAGCCUUCCCUGCUGUGUGGGCUUCAGAUUGCAGUGAGUAGGCUGAAGAAAGGAAGACUAAAGCAUGUGGGUGGCUGUGAGGUCAGAGUAGUAAGGAACAACACUAGCUUUUUUUUUUAAAGUUUGGAGUUUUUUAAAUUUUGACAUGUGGAAUUAACGCCAGCAGCAGAAGCCGCCAAACAGGGAUCGUACAAAAGCAAUGGUGGCUUACGAUGAACUUGGCAGCCUGGUGCCAAUUAAAAGGACCCUUCAGGUGAUAGAGUACCAGAACCACUCGAACAAAGAGUCAGAGGAACCGUGUAACAAGCGUGUGCGACCACUUGGCAGGGUGACGUCGCUUGCAAACCUUAUCUCCCCCGUCAGGAAUGGGGCGGUCCGGCGCUUUGGCCAGACCAUCCAGUCCAUCUCCUUCCGUGGUGAUGGCAAGUCGCCAGGCAUGGCUAACAAGCCGUGCAGCAAAGCAGCCGUGCCCACACCCCCCAAGAGGAGAAACAGCACACUGUGGUCAGAGACGCUGGACGUGCACCAGAAAGGAACUUUCUCCACCAAGGAGAUCAAGAGACAGGAGGCCAUAUUUGAGCUGUCUCGGGGAGAGCAGGACUUGAUUGAGGACUUACAGCUAGCACGCAAGGCAUACCAUGACCCCAUGCUGAAGUUGUCCAUCAUGUCAGAGGAGGAGCUCAAUCAUAUAUUCGGGGACCUAGAUGCCUACAUCCCAUUGCAUGAAGAUCUGUUGGCACAGCUGGCUAAAGCCACGGGGCCAGAUGGUACAGUGGGACAGAUCGGACACAUCGUAGUUCGCUGGCUGCCGGGGCUUAACGCCUAUCGUGACUACUGUAGCCACCAGCUGGCCGCUAAGGCACUGCUGGACCAGAAGAAGCAGGACAGGAGGGUGCAAGACUUCCUGCAGCGCUGUCUUGAAUCACCCUUCAGCCGCAAGCUAGACCUGUGGAGCUUCCUGGAUGUGCCACGCUCGCGACUGGUCAAAUAUCCAUUACUGUUAAAGGAGAUCCUGCGACACACACCACCAGAACACCCUGACACACCCGCCCUGGAACAGGCGAUCGGCAUUAUCCAGGCUGUGCUGUCUGACAUCAAUGCAAAGAAGGGCGAGAGCGAGUGUCAGUACUAUAUGGACAAGCUGGAGUACCUGGAUGAGCGGCAGAAGGAUCCUCGUCUGGAGCUUUGCCGGACCCUACUGUGUCACGGAGACCUGCGGAGCAAGGGCGGAACGAAGCUGCACGUCUUCCUCUUCACGGAGCUGCUGGUCCUGACUCGACCUGUGAUGCGGGGAGAACGCCAGUGCUUCCAGGUGUACCGACAACCCAUCCCAGUCCAAGACCUGGUUCUGGAGGACCUGCAGGAUGGGGAUGUGCGCAUGGGAGGGUCCUUUAGGGGGGCCUUCGGGAACACAGAGAAAGCAAAGAAUGUGUUCCGUGUACGAUUCCGAGACCCCUCUCAAGGACAGUCCCACACCCUUCAGGUCAACGACGUCUUUCACAAGCAGCAGUGGCUGAACUGCCUCCGCAGCGCCAUAACUGCCCAGCAGACAGAGCCCUCUCCAGACCCGGAGCAUUCCCAGCCUGCUGAACAGGCCGAAGUGCAGCAACACUCCCUUGCCUUGUCCUCUAUGGAUGAGGCAGAUGAGAACUGUCCCCGGGCUGCCAAUUCCACUUCUAGCUCCGCUCCAAACUCGCCAAGUGGGGAAGAGCCUCACAAUGUACAGACUGCCGUGGCAACAGGCAAGAACCUGUGGUCCUCAUCUUCCCAGAAAAGUAAGAAGGAGAAGUCCACUCAGAGUUCACUGGGAAAGAGGAAAGAGACCAUGGUGUAACAGCAUGUGGUCUCCCCAGAGGACUGCACAGGAGGACAGGCAGAUGUGUGCCUUCCUAUGUCUGAUUGUGCUCCUUAAGCCAAAGAUGGCAGCUAUGUCCGCGACCCUGUCGUUUUCACCGCCCAUCUUGUACAAAGGCAUUACCAGUUCAUUUUAAGCAGCUGUUUUUUUAAUGAAAAUUUGAAAUGUUUAUAUUUAAAAAAAAAAAAAAAAAUACUGUAGU